CUCUCCUCUGUAAGAUAAAGCCAUAAAGCAGAGCCAAGAAGAAGAAGGGUAUAAAUAUAGGGAGAGACGCACACAGCACCAAGAACAAGACCCGACUGCUUUGUUUUGUCCUCGUUUGGGUUUAGAAGGGUAAACUUUUUAGAAACAAUCUUAGCAGCCGGGAAAUGUCGAGCUCGUCGGAGAUGAUGAUGAGAGCGGUGGAGAAGCCGCCGACCUUCAAUUCAACUUGCAGCAUGCUAUACCAGUUCCUCAAGGAGAAGGGCUCCAAGCUUGGCGAUCUCAACCUCGACAUGCAGCUAUCCAAUGCCAAUGGGCAUGCUGAGAUUUUCCGGCAGAGGGCCCAGCAGCAGCAGCCGAUAGAUUUCUUUGCGGACAUGGAGAAUUCUAGAGAUGUUCAUGCUGCCAGAGGCUACAAAUCCAUGGAUUUGUUUCCUCAGCGAGCUGGGUUUGGGUCUUCUUCUCUGCCCAGGAUGAGUGAUAUAGAGACUAUGAAGAAGACGGUGGCAGAGGAGCCACAGAAGGGGCAGAUGACCGUCUUUUAUGAAGGGAAAGUUCAUGUGUUCAAUGAUUUACCAGCCGAGAAGGCGAUGGAGGUGAUGCUGUUCGCAAGCAAGGAAAGCUCCAAGUGCCAGCAGGCCGUUCAUGUUUCUGAUUUUCAUUCUCAAUUUGGGAAUGUUCAGGUCAAUUCCGGCACUGCCCCGGUUCCACCUCCGAGCUCUAAUCAUUUCCCUGAGUUCGGUCAAGUGAUGCAGCAAACGGAGGCCAUCAAGCCGACCCCGACUCGUCCGCUCAUUACUGAUAUACCAAUGCAGAGGAAAGCUUCACUUCAGCGCUUCCUGGCCAAGAGGAAGGAUAGGAUCAACAACAUAGCUCCAUAUCAAAUGAGCAGCCCCGGUUCUUCCGACCUUGCGAAGCCGGCAGCCGGUAGCAAGUCAUGGUUAGGAAAAGUCAUGGUUAGGAUUGGCAGCUCAGCCGACCCAGUAAUCUGAUUCCUUGAUCAUAUGAUGCAUACUUAGGCUUCCUGCAGAUUUCAAUUCCGGCUAUUAUCUUUUUCAAUUUUGGUGGCUUUAAGAAACUCGGAUUUUCGUCUAGUCCUGUUGUUCGUUUCCCUUGCUCCAAGGCUUGCCUCGACUUGUCGAACUCGCCGUAGAACAUCUAACUGUGGAUUAAAUUUCCAGUUUCUGUAAUUAAGCUCCAUAUGAAAGCAAAGGAAUUCGAUCAAUGAUAAAAAAAAAUUACUAUUCGGUUUCU